AGAAAUGUACAGAAGUCUCUCUUUCUCUGUCUCACACACGCACAAGCUAACACACUCUCUUUAGGUCUUUUUCCCAAUCUUUUGGUGUUGCUUGUCAUUAGUGUAGUGAGAGAGAGAAGAUGUCUCAGGGAAGAGGCAGUGCAGUGGUGGCGGCGGCGGCGGCGGUGCUGUGCCUGAUGGUGGUGACUGCAGAGGCAGCUACCUAUACGGUGGGUGGUGCCGGUGGCUGGACCUUUAACAGUGUCAGCUGGCCCAAGGGGAAGCGCUUUAGAGCUGGUGACAUACUUGUGUUCAAUUACAGCCCACAGGCACACAAUGUGGUCAGUGUGAACAAGGCUGGUUAUGAUAGUUGCAAGGCACAAGGUGGAGCCAGAGUGUUUUCUUCUGGGAAAGAUCAAAUCAAGCUUGUCAAGGGUCAGAACUUCUUCAUUUGCUCUCUCCCUGGCCAUUGUGGUUCUGGAAUGAAGAUUGCUGUUACUGCAGCUUAACCAACCCAUACCCUCUUCUUCAUGCUCCCAUCCCAUCUAUAUAUAUAUAUAUAUGUUUAGUGAUGGAGGUAGGUACUAGUGAGCAUAUAUAUUAAGGAAAUAAAGUUGGUUUGAAUGAGCAGCAUAUUUAUGUAUGCAUGCCUUUGUCAACCACUAUCUAUGUAAUAUAAAUGUAUCAUGUAUGGCAUUGGUCCAUGCCUUUGUUGUAGCACUAUGUUAUUUUAGUGAGAUUUUUUAUCCGACCACAUAUAAUUUCAAAUGCUUUGUGUAACGAGGUAAUUAAUUA